AACAAAGAAAAUCUCGUAUUUAACAAAAUAUACACUAGUAAUUAAGUAAACAAAAUUGGACGCCUCAUAAAUCAUCAGAUCAUUAAACACCCACGUAACCACAUUAACAGUCACAGACAUAUUCUUCUUCUUCAUUUGUGGCCCUCGUUACACAUACAUCAACCCCCACCACACAACCACAUGAUAUCUUAUAUAAACGUAUCACAAUUUGCAAUCUUUUUAACUUGGAAUUUAUGUGAAAAUCACAAGAUGGGUCUUAGAGCACUGCCUAUUCAACACAACAGUGGAUUCAUCUCUACGACCAAAGUCCCGAUCUCAAGAACCUCGCCGAGAUUUAGCCGGAACCCUAGAUGGGUCGUUGUCUCAGCAAAGCAAGAGAAAGAUGAUGAGAAGAAGAAGGAAGAGGAGACUUCGUUGUUUACGAAAUUAACUGAUGCGUUGGACUUCUCACAAGUUCGGUCGGAGAAAGACGCUGAGCUUCUCUACGAGGCUCGAGAAGCCACCAAAUCUGGUGGCAAGAUGACCCAAGAACAGUAUGAGGCAUUGAGGAGAAAAAUCGGAGGGACAUACAAGGACUUUUUUAAAUCCUACGUUGAAGUGGAUGGGAAAUAUGUGGAGGAAGGAUGGGUGGACAAAACAUGUAAGAUAUGCAAAAAGGACACAAAGGGUGAGGCAAGACAAGUGGACAAGUUAGGGAGAUAUGCUCAUGUCUCUUGUCUUCAAAAUCCUCCCUCUGGAAAUUUCUUCACCAGGCUCUUCUCUAGAUGAUGAUCAAUUUCCCAAAUCAUAUGAAUGUGUUUGCUUGUAACUAAAUUAUUCUUGCAGUUUUGUGCGUAAUUUUGUAGAAAUCGAAAUUUCAUUUACAUUCGAAAAGAAACAUCACGUCUAUUGGGAUCUUGUUAAACAAAUAGAUAGAAGAUGAUGUAUACAUUUUUGGUUUAAAUGUUUUGAAGCUUUUAUAA